ACGGCUUGGUCGGCAUGUAAACAGUGCAAAGUGUAAUCUCCUGUCUUUAGUAUUGCAUAGGUCUAUUUAUCAGGUCAUUCAUAUACGUGUUCAUAAAUCCGUUUCCAUAGGCAAGAGAAAAGCAUGAAACUGUAUCAUGCUCUUCGUAAUGCCGCGUCAUUCCGGACGUUUUUUGACUUUGGUGAGCGUGAUGUGGCCCAUUGGUUUCCAGGACACAUGGCAAAAGGACUCAAGCAGAUGAGAGCCACCAUGAAGAAUGUGGACUGCAUUAUAGAAAUCCAUGAUGCCAGAAUCCCGUUCUCUGGAAGAAACCCUCUCUUCCAGGAGAGUCUUGAUGUGAGGCCACACCUGCUUGUUCUCAACAAGGUGGAUUUGGCUGACCUAUCCACUAAACAGAGGAUGGUGAAGGAGCUGGAGAGGAGCGGGGUGAAGAACAUUCUCUUCACCGACAGCCUCAAACAGAGAGACGACAACAUCAAAAAGCUGGUUCCCAUGGUGACAGAGAUGAUUAACAACAAACCACGCUUUAACCGCGAGGAGAGCACAAGUUACUGCCUAAUGGUGAUUGGGGUUCCCAACGUUGGAAAGUCGUCGCUCAUUAACGCAUUAAGAAGAACAUAUUUGAAAAAAGGUCGUGCAUCUCGGGUGGGAGGGGAGCCGGGUAUAACCAAAGCCGUCCUGACCAGAAUUCAGGUGUGUGACCGACCCAUCAUGCACCUGUUGGACACCCCAGGAGUCCUGCCUCCUAAGAUCGAGAGCGUUGAGACUGGUUUGAAGCUUGCUUUGUGUGGAACUAUAUUAGAUCAUUUAGUUGGCGAAGAUGUCAUGGCAGACUACUUACUGUAUUCUUUGAAUAGGCUUCAGAAAUUUAGUUACGUGGAGAGAUAUGGACUUGGGGAUCCCAGUGAUAAUAUUGAACAUGUUCUCAAGGGUAUUGCUGUUAAGCUAGGCAAGACUCAACGGGUUAAAGCCAUCACCGGAAUUGGUAAGGAACAAUAUAUAAUAUCUUGUUAAAAAGAGUAAAGUUCUACUGCCUUCUAAAAAACAUCUGAAAAUCCCAUUUCAAAAUCAAUUAGAUUUUGAAGCCUACGAUAACUAAAAUGGUUUACAUACUCUUGACAAACCGUCCCAUUGACAUGAGUUUUUAAUGGGGAUCCUUGAAAAUACAACAAGC